UAGUUUCUUUUGCCUUUUUCUCUCUCUACUUUCUCUCUCUCCUCUCUCUGUAUAUUUCCUCUGGGGCCCCGUAGAUUUUUUCUUCAACCAGUUGAGUGGUGCCUAUAAUUAAAACUUCAGGAAGCAGCAAACCCCUCAUUCGAAAUACCAGGUUUUGUUGACGACGUGCUAUAUAAUCUCUCUGUUUGCAAAGAGUUAUUUAGCUUGAAAUUUUGUGUCUCUCUCUAAUGGCGGAAGAGCUCGACGACGGAGAGUUCUGGUUGCCGUCGGAGUUUCUGACAGACGAUGACUUGUUGAUGGACUUCAAAACCGACCAUUUCCAGACCAAGAGGAGUGACAGUUUCUCAACUGGGUUUGGUAUCAACUCGGAUCUGAGUUCACCCGUUGAGUCAAUCAUGGGCUCCACCGAAACAGAGAGCGACGAGGACGAUUUCCUCACCGGGUUAACUCGGAAGUUAGCUCACUCCUCUUUCCAGGACUCAACUCUGCCUACUGACUACACAUCCAAGGGAAUAAAACUCUCUGGUUCGCCGCAGUCUACUCUGUGCGGUUGCAAGCCGGCGUCCAGCCAGAGCAGCCCAAACAGCGCUUCCCGUGUUUCAACGCCGCCGGACGAAAAAGAUGUUGCAGGAUGGGAUUUGCUGUACGCCGCCGCGGGCGAAGUCGCAAGGAUCCGCAUGAGUGAUGAAACGACACCGUUUCACUCAGCCAAGCUCUUCCCUCCGACGCUCAACCCUAACCCCAGCCCAAUCGCUGUUCCCGUUCAAAAAAACACGAACAACCAAACUCAAACUCAAGCCCAGAUUUCUUAUCUCCAGUUUCAAGCAACUCGAUUUCAGCGGAUGAAACAGCAGCAACAGAUGAUGAGAGAUGGAGUUUGGAGGCAUGGCGAAACGGAAUACAAGUUUCAAAACAUGAAUAUAUCUGCUGAACCUGUAAGAACUCAAGGUCUAUCAAUGGCGGCCUGGCCCACUCUUAAACAGUCUCAACACCAACACCAACACCAACAGCAGCAGCAACAACCCGGUUCAGGGAUGAGAGCGGUUUUCCUCGGAGAAACCGGUGCUAAAAAAGAACGAACCGGAACCGGAGUUUUUUUGCCCCGAAGAGUUGGACCCGACCCGACCCAAACCCGGAAAAAACCAGGUUGUUCAACAGUCUUAUUACCAGACAGAGUUGUGCAUGCUUUGAACUUAAAUCUGGACACCAUGGAUUCCCAAUCCCACCUCAGAGGCAACAGAAAUUUCACCCAGGAAUAUGAUGUAAUCAUGGCACAACAAAGAAGAAGUAUUACACCACAGCCUGUAAUGAAUCAAGAACUCAGGCUUCCCCAGGAGUGGACUUAUUGAGUUGACCAAAUUAGUGGGAAGAAAGAAGAAUUGUUACUGGAUGAUGGAUUUUACAAAGGAAUAUAUACUAGUAUUAUUUUUUUUUUUUAUUAGGUGAUUGGUUAUUAAUUAGCGUUAUAUAGUAAAAUAGGAUAUUGGUUGUAGUAAUUAAUUAAUUAAGUAGAUGAUGAUGAAAAUAUGGUUUUAUUAGCAAAAGUUUGUGUCAGAUGGAAGUGAAAUAAAUUGAAGAAGAAGAAGAAGAAAACCGAAGGAAGAAUGUUAGAAAAUCUCGGGUUUAUUUUAUUCGGCUCGAGUUACAAUGAAGUGGAAGAUUAAUUACUGUUAAAGAAAAAUAAAAGGAGGGUUUUUUUUUAUUUUUUAUUAUUAUUAUUUUUUCUUUUAUGUGGGUAAUUAAUUACAAAAAUUACCCACUAAGUAUGUAGGUUUAAUUAGUGAGCUGGGUUUUGUUUUGGUCUAAACUCUUAGCUAUGUUAUUGAUUUUAUUUGCUUGUACUGACAUGAAUAAUCCCAUUUUAUGGGUUAAUUUUAA